ACCUACACUGAUUUGAUGGUGAGCGGUGAUGAUGAGGGCAUAUUUGGAGUGGAGGCAGGAUUCUUGUAUGCCCUAAAGCCACUGGAUAGAGAAAAGCAACCAUCGUACUCCCUACACGUGUCCUACAGUGCAUCCAUGCAACCACAGAGCUUGACUGUGGAGGUGUGUGUCAUUGACAAGAACGACAAUGUGCCCGUCUUCCUCCAGGAGAGCAUGAGGGGCAGCGUUCAGCUGGGUCUGCUGAAAGGGAUCCCGUUUAUGCAGGUGGAAGCUUUAGACCGUGAUGAUCGAAACACAGCCCACGCUGAUCUGCGAUUCCGACUCCUGGACCAAAUGCCUCGUAUCCCGGCCAGCCACAUGUUCCACAUAGAUGCCAUAACUGGGGAGGUGUCUCUCACAGAGGAUGGUGCCUCCACACUGGACCCUGAGAUGUGUGGACGCUAUAAGCUAUCUGUGAUGGUACAGGACAUGGGUGGAAAAGCCAACGCCUUCUUUUCCACUGGAACUGUCUUGGUGGAGGUUACAGGAAACACAUGGGCUUCACCUGACCCAGUCAGAUUGCAGGAGAACCUUCCAGGCCCCUACCCAAUUCCUAUCUCUCAGGUGAAAUGGAGUGGGACUCCAGUACAGUACAGUCUUGAGGGAGAGUUUCCAGAGAUGCUCUUCACUAUCAGCAGAGAUGGAGUGAUCUACCUUAAUGCCCCUUUGGACAGAGAAACGCAGGACCAGUUUCAGAUCAGUAUUGUAGCAGAAAGGCCUGAUGGCAGAGAGAUCGCCAAGCCUGUAGAGCUGAGAGUCAUGGUGGGCGAUGCCAACGACAACAGGCCUACCUUCCCUCAGAUGCAGUACCACACUGUUGUCAAGGAACUUGCCCCGAAAGGAACUGAAAUCCUUACAGUCCAGGCAGCUGAUAACGAUGACCCCAAGACUGAAAAUGUGCGCAUUUUUUACCGGUUGGCGGGACAGGUGCCCGAAAACCCUCGCAAUCUGUUUCGUGUGGACCGUGAUUCCGGUGUCAUCACGGUGCAAGCGGAUAACAUGGAGGGAACGGCACCACAGUAUACACUGACCAUCAUCGCUGAGGAUGCAAAAGGACUAAACAGCUCCUGCACUGUGAUCGUUAAAGUUCUGGAUGAGAACAACAACCCUCCUGUCUUCUCUCAGCAUGAGUAUGGCCCAUUUCACUUGGCAGAGGAUGCCCCUGUGGGUGCCACGGUGACAGCAGUUGCAGCGUGGGAUGCUGAUGAGAGGGGCGGAGAUAGCUGGGUGGUCGACUAUCGGCUGGAGUCAGGGAAUGAGGAGGAGGUUUUUACUCUGAUGACUGACAGACAGACCAAUGAAGUCUCACUUGUCCUUGCUAAGGUGCUAGAUUUUGAGCGGGAGAGCGAGUACAUCCUGGUGUUGAGUGCUCAAAACCCUGUGGCACUGGUCAGAGGAAGGUACGGCCCUGCGUCCACCGCGACCGUUUCCAUAUACAUUGACGACAUCAACGAGGGUCCUGUUCUGUCCCAGAGUCACUACGAAGUCACGGUCAGAGAGGGAGAGGAACCAGGACGGGUGAUUGCUACGAUCAGGGCUUACGACCCUGACUCCCACCCAAUAAGGUACUCCUUGAGAGGAGACACAAAGAAAUAUUUUUCCAUUGGAAAAUACUCAGGAGAGUUAAAGACAGUGCAGGCUCUGGACAGAGAGGAGAACAGCACCUACACCAUGGAGGUGGUGGCUGAGGAUGGACGUAACUCAUCUCUGUCGGCCUCCACUUUGGUGACCGUGCACAUUCUGGAUGUGAAUGAUAACAGCCCUGUUCUAGUGGGUGAUUAUUCCUGGAAGUACCUGUGCACUCCACGCUGGGAGGAUCAGGCCCUGGUUUUGGCGUCUCGGGACAGUGAUGGACCGCAGCAUGGCGGCCGCCUCAAUUUCUCACUCAGCAGUGAGCCUACGGUACGCAGAAACUGGAGACUCACACCUAUCAACGACACCCACACCAACCUGUCUCUGAAUAUUGACUAUCUGACCCCUGAUGUUUAUACCGUGCCCUUCACCAUCUCCGACAGCAGCUCACCUCCCAGAAGUACCUUCAUCAACCUGCCUGUGACUGUGUGUACGUGCAACGUAAGAGGAAACUGCCGCAUUGAAGCCAAGCAGCUGGCUGGGAUGCCCACUAUCCAGUCCACGUUGGGUGUGCUGCUGGGAACUCUGGGAGUUAUAGGUAUCAUAUUGAUUGUCAUCUUUGUAAGACUGUCCUAUCAGAAACCUCCACCGAAUGAAAAAUCUAACCAGGAGACGGUGCCUCUUAACAUCUCACUGUAACUCAUCAGUCAUUCAGUUCUAAUGUUCUGACAGCCAGGUAGCAAUAAUCUUUUAUAUCAUGUUUUCCUCAAGAUGGGUCCUGAAGUACUGAUAUCUAGGCAUGAAACACAUUUUAAUACUAAAGAGCUUAUUUACUAUAUUUACAUGUUUCUAGA